AUGUCUAGAGGCAUAGCCCUCCAACUUAGACGAAGAUUUGGACAAAUACAACAACUACGCCAACAAGAAAAAUCACUUGAGGAUGUUAUAUUUUUAUGUGUAGAGGAACGAAUUUUCUACUUAAUAACGAAGUUACAUAGUUGGCAGAAACCAACCUAUCAGUCAAUAUUUAAUUGUUUACAAAGACUUAAGUUACUUUGUGAAAAAAAGCAAAUCACUAAACUCGCUUGUCCUAGAAUAGGAUGCGGACUGGAUGGACUCAAAUGGGAGGAAAUCCGCAAAAUGCUUCGUUACAUUUUUAAAAAUACUACAAUCUAUGUAAGCGUCUAUACUAAGGAGGAAUUAUCAGAAGAUGAGAAACUCCGAUUAAUAUCCAAACUCCAUGAUACACCACUAGGAGUUCAUCAAGGAGUAACUAGGACUUUUAACAGAAUAUAUGCCCAGUGUCACUGA